UCUGAAAUUCGUUAGAUAUCAAUAAAUUAUUCUAGUCUAGAUUCUCUACUCUACUAGAUCUAGGUCUAGAUUCUAUCUAGAUUCUAUAGAUAUAUUCUAUCUACUAGAUCUAUCUAGUAUUACUCAAGUAUUAGGUCUAGAUCUAGAGUACUUUAUUUAAUCUAGACAUCAAGAGUCUCUAGAAGACUUAGAAGUUUAGUUAUAAUUAUUAUCUGAUCUAGAAGACCCAUCAUCUGUCUUAGUUAUUAGUUAACUUAGUAUCUAUUUCUGGAGCAGUAGAGCCAGAGGUGCCCAUAUUUUAAAAUUUAUAUACAUCUAGAUCUAGAUUCUACUACUCAUCAUUCUACUGACUCAACUUACACUAAAAAAAAGUGACUAAGUCAACCAAGUCAGACUACCACUAUGACUCAUGAGUAUGACUAAGAGCUGGGAUUGAGUUAACAGAUCUACUAUCAUCUUUGUCAUCCUUGUAGUCAUCUACAUACUAAGACUUAAAGACCAAAACUCAAAAUUCAAAGAUAUUAUUCUACAAUAAUGUCUAGUGAAAUAGUUCACCUGAACGUGGGAGGAACUAGGUUUUCCACAUCACGUCAGACAUUGACUUGGAACCCAGAGACUUUCUUUACAAGUUUACUGAGUGGCAGAAUCUCUUCUGAUAAAGAUGAAACUGGUGCUAUAUUUAUUGACAGAGAUCCAAAACUUUUUUCUGUGAUUUUAAAUUAUCUCCGCACAAAAGAAAUACAAUUAAGAAAGGUUGAUUUGUCUGCUUUGCGCCAUGAAGCAGAGUUUUAUGGUAUUAAUGCCCUAGUCGGGAGGCUGGCACUGUGUGAAGAUCUGGAACAUUCUUCUUGUGGGGAUGUUUUAUUUCAUGGAUACUUUCAGCCUCCUACCCCUCCCCUUAGAAGUGUGUCCAACUUGAGGCAGUCUGUUGUGAGUGUUGAUAGUGGUGACAGCAACAGAGGCAGCUCAUUGCCGAGAAGUACAUCCAGAGAAAGGCAAAGUAUUGCUGGAAGAGCAGGGGCAGUCACAGCAGGACACUUGAAAAAUGAUAUUGGACACAAUAGUCGAAAGUCAGUUGAGACAGUCAGUGCUCAUGGAGGGUAUGUUGAUCCCAUGAGAGUCACCAUGUUACGAGGUCACCAGAACUGGAUAUGUGCAGCCUACCCUCACUUUGUUUGCUGCUACAAAAUGAAAGACUCAACUGGCUGGCACUUGUUGUGGAUGAGCCAGCAUAUGGAGUACCAAGUUGAAAGGGUUGCUCUCAAUGCCAAAGUCAUCAGUUCUAGUCAGGAAAAUUCCAAUAGUAAAAUGAUUGCAGCAUCCUCUGGGUCCACUGUUUGGUUGUGGGCAGUCUGGGAUGAUGGUGAUAGCAGACAAAUAGGUAUAUUUGACCUCCAUGUGUCAGUUGAUAACUUGUUCUUUAUUGGAAGUCAGUUGGUUGCCCUGAGUAGAACUGGCAAAGUUGGUGUCUGGCACUCCAUGACUCAACAUUGGCAGAUUCAAGAUGUUGUGCCCAUAACAAGUUAUGACACUGCAGGGUCUUUUCUUUUACUUGGCUGUGAGGAUGGCUCUAUUUAUUAUAUAGAUAUGCAAAAAUUUCCUUUGAGGAUGAAAGAUAAUGAUUUGUUAGUGACCCAGUUAUACAGUGAUCCAGCCUGUGACAUGGUGACGGCUCUCAGUGUUUAUCUGACUCCCAAGACUAGUUUAAGCGGAAACUGGAUAGAAAUAGCAUAUGGCACAAGUUCUGGGACAGUAAGAGUUAUAGUCCAACAUCCAGAGACAGUGGGACAUGGACCUCAGCUGUUCCAGACUUUCACAGUGCACCGCAGUCCUGUCACUAAAGUAAUGUUGUCUGAGAAACAUUUAGUUUCAGUGUGUUCAGAAUACAAUCAUGUCAGGACUUGGAAUGUCACAAGAUUCCGUGGAAUGAUCUCUACACAACCAGGGUCUACGCCGCUAGCAUCUUUUAAAAUUGUUUCUCUCGAUGAUUUGGAUUCCUUGGUUAGUUAUUCUGCUGGAAAUGAUUUUGGUCCAUUUGGUGAACAAGAUGACCAGCAGUUGUUUGUACAGAAAGUUGUUUCCAAUACAGACCAGUUGUUUAUCAGACAGAGUGCCACUGGCAAAAGGAUCUGCUUGAUAAAGGCUGUAGAUGGCAGUACCAUCAGUUCCUUUUGCGUCCAUGAAUGUGAGGGCUCCAACAGAAUGGGUUCGUGCCCACGACGUUAUCUGUUUACAGGACAUAAUAAUGGCAGUGUGCAGAUGUGGGAUCUGACCACAGCUUUAGAUUUGUACAAACAAGGCAAUAAAGAUGAGUCUGGACCAUCAGCUACAGAGCUUGUGAAAUUGCUGGAACAAGUUGACCUAAGCUCCUCGCGCUGCUCCAGUCCCUGUGUCAGUCCAUCUCCAUCACUUCUCAUUGGUCCCAAUAACUUACCCCUUGGUGCCAAGCUGACAGCUCCAUCCAGUAGAUUGUCACCUGUGGUGUCAUAUGUUGGACAGGCUGAUGCUGAGCAUACUACCAACAAGAUGUCAGAUGAAUGUGUACAGGCAAUGUCAUCCUCAGGUGACCAGCGGGACAUAGCCACUGCAGCCACUAAUAAAGCCAGUUAAUUUCUAUACAUGGUCACUGACACUGAUUUAUUUAUCUGUACAAAUGCUAUUGGUAUUUACACUGAUCUUUGUUUACUAGUCCUAGAUCACCUUUAUAGAUUGAUCUUUGUUCAGGACUAGACCUUGACUCUAUUAUUAGAUUUGCUACAUGCCAUGUCCACAUUUUGGCAUUUGUGUUACUUCAAGUUUAGCAGAUUUUUAUUUAUUUGAUGAUUUUAUAGAAUAAAUUUUAUUUUGAAUACA